AUGGCUGAGAACGCACCACCUUCAGGUUUAGCAUCUCUGCCUCCUCCACCAUCAAGCACGGCAGGUGCUCCAGGACAACAAUCAUAUGACCCAACUUCUAUGAAUGGUCAGAUGAAUCCACACAUGCCACCACCGCCUCUGCCUCCAGUUGUCAUACCUCAGAACAAUAAUCCGAUUCCCACAGCCAUGGCAUCUCCGAUGUCCGGUGAUAUCCUAUCGCCUACCAGCUCUGGAGGGUUUGUGCGCCGCGCUGCACCCGAGCCCAACAAGAGAGCACUGUACGUUGGAGGACUCGAUCCACGGGUCACGGAGGAAGUGCUCAAGCAAAUCUUUGAGACGACAGGCCACGUCCAAAGCGUGAAAAUCAUUCCAGACAAGAAUUUCCAGAGCAAAGGCCUGAACUACGGAUUCGUCGAAUACGACGAUCCAGGUGCGGCAGAAAGAGCGAUGUCUACUCUCAACGGUCGUCGAGUUCAUCAAUCGCUGCAGGAAAUUCGUGUCAACUGGGCGUACCAAUCUAAUGCUUCGAACAAAGAGGACACUUCCAACCACUUCCACAUUUUCGUAGGAGAUCUGUCCAACGAGGUCAACGAUGAAGUCCUUCUCCAGGCUUUCUCUGUUUUUGGUAGUGUCUCCGAGGCUCGUGUGAUGUGGGAUAUGAAGACUGGUCGAUCUCGUGGCUAUGGCUUCGUCGCAUUCCGUGAGCGCCCUGAUGCUGAGAAGGCUCUCGCAUCGAUGGACGGUGAAUGGCUUGGAUCACGUGCUAUUCGCUGCAACUGGGCUAAUCAAAAGGGCCAACCUUCGAUCUCUCAACAACAAGCGAUGGCAGCGAUGGGCAUGACUCCAACAACCCCCUUCGGACAUCAUCACUUUCCCACUCAUGGUGUUCAGUCGUACGAUAUGGUUGUUCAGCAAACUCCUCAAUGGCAGACUACUUGUUACGUUGGAAAUCUGACACCUUACACCACUCAGAACGACCUUGUCCCAUUGUUCCAGAACUUUGGUUACGUUGUUGAGACCCGAUUCCAGUCAGACCGUGGCUUCGCAUUCGUCAAGAUGGACACUCACGAGAACGCCGCCAUGGCAAUCUGUCAACUCUCUGGCUACAAUGUGAAUGGCCGUCCUCUCAAGUGCUCCUGGGGCAAGGAUCGUCCUCCUACUGGACAAUUCGACGCCUAUUCUCCCCAAGCUCCGGCGGCUCCAGCAAGUGCAUACAGCGCUCAACCAUCUCCCUAUGGCGGCUUUCCUCAGUACGGUGGUCCAGCUGGCCCUGGUGGUCCCAUGACACCUCAAGGUCCUAGCCCAGGCGGUCGUGGAGGAUGGGAUGCUCAGCCAUCUCCCUAUGGAGGACAACCUAUGCCCACCCAGGGUUACGGUCAAAUGCCAGGAAGCGCUGGUGGGUAUGGACGUGGUCAGCCGGCACCUAAUCCAGGUUGGAAUCAGGGUCAAGGACAGGGUCACGGCUUCGGCAACGGCUACGCGGGCUAUCAAGGUUAA